AUGGCCGACGGCCGCCACUUGUUCCUGAGUUUCGCACCCACCCGCUACCAGCGUGAAGAAGUGUUGAUUUGCGCGUUCAGCGAUAUCAGCGAGCGCAAGCAGGUGGAGCUGGCCUUACAGCAGGCACGCACCCUGGCGGAUGCGGCCAAUGAGGCCAAGACCUUGUUCCUGGCCACCAUGAGCCAUGAAAUCCGCACGCCCUUGUACGGUGUGUUGGGCACCCUGGAAUUGCUCGCCCGCACCGACCUCAACAGCCAGCAGCGUGGCUACCUGAAUGCCAUCGAGGGCUCGUCGGCGAAUCUGCUGCAAUUGAUCUGCGAUGUGUUGGAUGUGUCGAAAAUCGAGGCGGGGCAACUGUCCCUCGAACUCAGCGUGUUUUCCCCGCUGGAGUUGGUGCAAGAGGUGAUUCAAGGGUAUGCGGGAGCGGCCCAGAGCAAGGGUUUGCAGUUGUUUGCCUGCCUCGACCCGCAACUGCCGGACCAUGUGCGAGGCGACGUUACGCGUAUCCGCCAGAUUCUCAAUAACCUGCUCAACAACGCGCUGAAGUUCACCGAGAGCGGGCGCAUCGUAUUGCGCUUGCGCCUGGAGAGCCGCGAAGGCGAGCGCGCCCUGUUGCAGUGGCAAGUGGUCGACACCGGCAAGGGGAUUGCCGCGCACGACCAGCAGUACCUGUUCGAGCCUUUUUUCCAGGCCAGUGGCAAUGCCAAUGUGGUCGCGGGCACCGGCCUUGGGCUGUCGAUCUGCAAGCGUCUGGUGCACUUGAUGAACGGCACGCUGCGCGUGGUCAGCGAGCCAGGGCUGGGCAGCAGUUUUACCUUCAUCCUGCCGUUGGAACAGGUUGACGAGUACGCCGAUGAGCCGUGGGCGUUGCCGUUGCUGGGGGAGCGGGUCUACGUGGUGUCGCCAGUGCGCGAGUUGGCCGAGAGCAUGGGCGGCUGGUUGCGACGCUGGGGCGCACGGGCGCAAUUGGGUGUACCGCACUCGGCCGAGGCCGAUCCCGGCGCGGUGCUGGUUGAGCUCUAUCCCGGCCCGGUCGAUCCGGGCCAACGGCUGCAUUGGGGUGGCCCGCGGGUGAUAGUGGGCACCGAUGAGCAUGGCGUCUACCCAGGGCCCGUGGCCUGCUGGCAGAUCGGCUUGAACAACCUGCAGGCCCUCAAUCGCGCGGUCAGCCGGGCACAGGGCAUCGAGGAAAACCGUUCGCCCACCCCCUGCGAGGCACCGGCCGAGAUCAACCUCAACCUGCGCCUGCUGGUGGCCGAAGACAACCUGAUCAACCAGUUGAUCCUGCGCGAUCAACUCGAAGAACUCGGCUGCACGGUGGUGCUCGCCGGCGACGGCAUUGAAGCCCUCUCGCUGUGGGGCGAAACCGCGUUCGACAUGAUCCUCACCGACGUCAACAUGCCGCGCAUGAAUGGCUACGAACUCACCGAGCAACUGCGCCGCCUGGGAUGCUCGCUGCCGAUCAUCGGCGCUACCGCCAAUGCCAUGCUCGAUGAAGCCGAGCGCUGCCUCAAUGCGGGCAUGGACCACUGCCUGGUCAAGCCCUUCACCCUGCGCGCGCUCUAUCAGUGCCUGCAGCCUUACCAGAGGAGC